AUGGAAUAGUGUAAGCAGAAAAAACCAAAAAUGUUACAAAUGACUUCCUUUUAAAUAUGCUGAAACAUAGAAGUUUUUAGUAAACUUUUAAUUCCAGAUGGGCACUGUGGCAAGCUUAUUGAUUUUGUCAUUUAUUAAUUUAGGAAAGGGAGAAGAGCCAAAUCAAGCACAAUUAAAAAUGAAUUGUUAGAAAAUGGUAAUUUUUGGAUAUAAUGAAACAUAAAAAGAAACUAAAAACUUAAAGAAGAUAGCAGGAUGUUAAUUUUCUAGUUUUAAUAAUGUAUUUUUUUAAAUUUUUAUUUAUUUAUGAUAGUCACACAGAGAGAGAGAGAGUCAGAGACACAGGCAGAGGGAGAAGCAGGCUCCAUGCACCGGGAGCCCGACGUGGGAUUCGAUCCCGGGUCUCCAGGAUGGCGCUCCGGGCCAAAGGCAGGCGCCAAACCGCUGCGCCACCCAGGGAUCCCUUAAUAAUGUAUUAUGGGUAUGCAAGCUGUUACCAGUGGGAGAACCUGGGUGAAAGGUACAAGAACCUAUUAUUUUUUUUUUUUGCAACUUCUUGAGUCUGUAAUUAUUUCCAAAUAAAAAAUAAAUAAAUUUUAAAAAUAAGGACAACAGGAAAGAUAGUAAAUGAAGAAGGAAUUUUUAGAAAGAGAAUUUAAUUAUACAUAGUUGAAGAGUUGCUUUGCCAGAUUUCCAUAGGGUUGUGAGGAGUUAACCAAAUUUUAAAAGUGCUUCCAAGACAGACACAUAGUUCACUAAUAAAAAUAUUAGACUCUGAAAAGUGUUAACCUAUUUUUAAUGUUUGAACUAAUGGUAUUUUCUAGAGAUGUAUAGAGUGAAAAAUAGUAGUGUUUGCAAAAAAAAACAAUUUUGUGAAAACCCACAAAAUGAGUGUUUGCUCUUGAGAAAGGAAAACUUUUCUCUUGACAUCAUCAAAGAAAAAUGUGAAAGAUCUGAUAUGAAAGGAACAAAAAUGUACAAAUCCUAUCACCUCAUUCCUCAAAACUGUAUAAACAUUUGCAAGAUUUUCCUUCAUCUAUUACAUGUCCCUAGAGUAGCCAGCCUACACAGACCUGGGGGCAUUCACAUGUCACAAUAUUCCAUAAAAAUCUGGGAACGCAUAUUUUUGGCAGAAAGAAAUCAAUGUGCAAAGAAAGACUGCUUGUGAAAUAAUUCAGAGUGACACAUUAAGGCAGGACCCCUUUGCCAUGACAAACUGUUAGUGUCACGAUUUUAUCAUAUUCUUGGGAGCAUUCAAAAGACAAAAGGCAUUAUCAACUCUUAAAACAAGUGGAGUAGUUUUUUUUGGUGCCAAAUAGAUGGCAAAUAUCCUAUAGAGGAAGAAGCAAAAACAGAGAAGCUCCAAAACUGUCUCAUAUCAUUAUACCUUAAAGCUUAUUAAAGCAACAUAGACACUGGACACUUCACUUAUAUUUCCUUCUUAAAUUAGAGUUUAGCGGGCAGCCCCGGUGGCUUGGUGGUUUAGAGCCGCCUUCGGCCCAGGGUUUGAUCCUGGAGUCCCAGGAUCGACUCCCAUAUCAGGCUCCCUGCAUGGAGCCAGCUUCUCCCUCUGCCUGUGUCUCUGCCUCUUUCUCUCUCUCUCUGUGACUCUAAUAAAUAAAUCUUUUUUAAAAAAUUAGAGUUUUAGCAAUAUGGUGCAAAGUUAAAGGGGAAUUAGGGCUAGAAAGACCUGAGUUCAAAUUCUAACUCUUCCAGCUACUAGUUUUAUCGUAGGCUAGUCAUAAUCUCCUAAUCUCAAGGUCUUUGUUACUAAAAUGGGUAUGAUGGUCCCCAUAUCUCUGGGCACCUGAGUAGCUUAGGUGAUUAAGUGUCUGCCUUCAGCUCAGGUCAUGAUCUGGGAGUGCUGGGAUUUGAUUGAGCCUACUUCUGGUUCCCUACUCAGUGGGGAGUCUGCUUCUCUGUCUGACCCUUCCCCCAUCUCGUGCUCCUCUCUCUCUCUCAAACAAAUAAAAUCUUAAAAAAAAAUAAUCCACAAAUCUCAAGGUUGGUCCUAGUACUGAAAGGGAUAAUUAUUUAGGUGCCUAGCACAAUGCUGUGCAAAGAAUAGGUAGCAAUAAAGGCGAGUUCCUUCCCAGCUUUCCCAGAAGACACAACAAAAUGUUUCUUUCUCUAAUAGUUUGCUGUGUCAAAACAAAUGGCUAAGGGUUAAAUAAAAAGGGCAAGAGAAUCUAAUCCUACUAUUAUCCAAACAAUUGUUCUUUUGUUAAAUAAAAUAAUUAUGCAGUUAUAUAAGCUAAUAUUUAAUACACAUUAUUGGAUUUAUUAGUAUUAUUCAGAUAAUGCAUUAAUACCUGAAUACGUCCUCUCUUUUGCAAGUCGGCUUUUUAUUUUGACUUUAACUGAUUUAGCAAAAUAGGCCAUUAAUUCUUUUAUUCAGAUCAUAACAGUACAAUCUUUUGGAAAGAUUAAGCUCCUUUUUUUUUUUUUUAAGAUUUUAUCUAUUUGAGAGAGAGAGUGUGCUAGAGACAGCACAAGUCGGGUGGAGGCGCAGAGCGUGAGGGGGAAGUGGACCCCCGCUGAGCAGGGAGCCUGAAGCCAGGCUGGAUCCCGGGGACCCCUGGAUCAUGACUUGAACAGAGACAGAUGCUUAACCUUCUACACCACCCAGGCGCUCCAUACUUUUCUUGAUCCCAGGUUUAAAAAAAAAAAAAAAAAUCGUAGUUUUAAUGUCUACUCACGAGUCUGAGAAAAAGUGACACGGAAAAAGAAAUGGUAAACAGUUAAAGAAUUCGUCUUUCAAGGCUGAUGGUGUAAUUCUCCCUGUGAUGAAGCACCUGUUUAUGUCUGUCUGGAGACCAACGUUCCCUAACUCAGGCCUGGAACCUUCCCGAAGAGUGCCAUAUUCCCAGGCCCCACCAACUCCAAGAGGUGAGCAAGCCUUGUGAUAGUGUGAGAGGGGACAGCACAGAGAGAGCCCUUGGAAGGCUGUAGAGGCGGGUUCUUAAUGUGGAAUCCGCGGGCUCAUUCAGCAGGUUCUGGAGCCUGCGGUCCCUGUCUGCAAGGCUGUGUCUAAAUGCACUUGGUGCUUUUUCCCCAGGAAGCUGCUCGGCGAUCACUUCCCUCUGGAGGUUGGUCCUCCAGCCGUCCUAUCCAGAAAAAGGGGUCUCGCCCACACCAUCUCUCAUCCUUCUUCUGUAUUUCCUGCACAGCCUCACCAGGCUGUCAUCACCUUGUCCGUCUGCGUAACCCCCUCCACCCUACCAGAAGGGUUGAAAACAGUGAGAUCACAUUUCACAGUUAAAAAAACUAUUAAGAAGACAAUAUGGGGACUCCUGGUUCUGGAAGGAAAAGGACACCUGUAAAAGACCGAUUUUCUGCAGAAGAUGAAGCUUUGAGUAACAUUGCCAGAGAGGCAGAGGCAAGGCUGGCCGCAAAACGGGCUGCCCGGGCGGAAGCAAGAGAUAUACGCAUGAGAGAACUGGAGAGACAACAAAAAGAGCACUCUCACUAUUCCUUUGAUCGGAAAUGGGGACAGAUUCAUAAGUGGCUGGAAGAUUCAGAAAGGGCCAGGUAUUCCCACCGAUCUAGUCAUCGUCGACCUUAUCUGGGAGUUGAGGAUGCAUUGUCCAUUCGAAGUCUUGGCAGUCACAGGAACCCAUCGAAGGACAUAAUUGGGACACACUGGAGCAGAGCCAGUACACCUAAAAGGAAAGACAUCAUGUAUGACCCUCUCAAGGAUCGAUCGUCAAGACUUUCAUCAUUAAAUCAUUCUUAUAGUCACUCUUAUGGAAUGAAGAAGAGAUCUUCUGGUUCUCAUAAAGACCCACUGAGUGGCCUCUACUUUGACCAGAGAAACUAUAGCAGUCUUAGACAUAGCAAACCUACCUCUGCCUACUACAGUCGGCAGUCUUCUUCCCUGUGUAGUGACCCUCUGGCGACAUCAAAGAGUACCAGGGCCUCCUUUACUGCAAACUCUGGUCUGCUGAAAAGUACCAGUCUGGUGUCAUUGUACGACGGUGGAUUAUAUAACCCGUAUGGGUCUCGAACUCCGUCUGAAUACAGUUAUUACUCAUCAAGAAUAAGUUCGGCCCGAAGCAGUCCUGUGUUUGCUGAUGAUGACACUACAAGCAUUGCGUCUUCUGGUCAUGCCAGUCAUGGGCGAAGGGACAGUGUGGUUUCUACCGCCGAUUAUUUUAGUCGCUCCAAUCGUAGGGGGAGCGUAGUCUCUGAGGUGGAUGACAUCAGUAUCCCCGAUUUGACCAGCUUGGAUGAAAAAUCUGACAAACAGUAUGCUGAAAAUUACACAAGGCCUUCAUCUCGGAAUUCUGCCUCAGCAACAACCCCUCUGAGUGGAAAUUCAUCUAGACGAGGGAGCGGAGACACCAGCAGCUUAGUAGAUCCAGACACCUCAUUAAGUGAAUUGCGGGAUAUCUAUGACCUUAAGGACCAGAUACAGGAUGUAGAAGGGAGAUACAUGCAAGGGCUUAAAGAACUAAAGGAGUCUUUGUCCGAAGUGGAAGAAAAAUACAAGAAAGCCAUGGUUUCCAACGCACAGUUAGACAAUGAGAAGAAUAAUUUGAUCUACCAGGUAGACACCCUCAAGGAUGUUAUUGAAGAACAGGAAGAACAGAUGGCAGAAUUUUAUAGAGAAAAUGAAGAAAAAUCAAAGGAGUUAGAAAGGCAGAAACAUAUGUGUAGUGUGCUGCAGCAUAAGAUGGAUGAACUUAAAGAAGGCCUUCGACAGAGAGAUGAGCUUAUUGAGGAGAAUCAACGAAUGCAGCAGAAAAUAGACACCAUGACAAAAGAGGUGUUUGACCUUCAGGAGACACUUCUUUGGAAAGAUAAAAACAUUAGGGCCCUAGAGAAACAGAAAGAAUACAUUGCCUGCCUUAGGAAUGAGCGAGAUACGCUCAGAGAGGAGCUGGCUGACCUGAAGGAGACAGUGAAGACAGGAGAGAAACAUGGCUUAGUUAUAAUUCCUGAUGGCACUCCCAAUGGUGAUGUCAAUCAUGAACCAGUGGUCGGAGCCAUCACCGUGGUGUCUCAGGAGGCUGCUCAGGUCUUGGAGUCCGCAGGAGAAGGUCCACUAGAUGUCAGGCUACGAAAACUUGCUGGAGAAAAGGAAGAGCUACUAUCACAGAUCCGGAGGCUGAAGCUGCAGCUCGAGGAAGAGCGGCAGAAGUGCUCCCGGAGCGAGAAUGCAGCUGCGGACCUGGCGGGGCUGCACAACGGCUCGGACCUGCAGUUCAUCGAGAUGCAGAGAGAUGCCAAUAGACAAAUUAGUGAAUACAAAUUUAAGCUUUCAAAAGCAGAACAGGAUAUAACCACAUUGGAACAGAAUAUCAGCCGGCUCGAGGGCCAGGUGCUGAGGUAUAAGACCGCUGCCGAGAAUGCCGAGAAAGUGGAGGACGAACUGAAGGCUGAAAAGAGGAAGCUCCAGCGGGAGUUACGAACAGCACUGGACAAGAUUGAGGAGAUGGAGAUGACCAACAGCCACCUGGCCAAGCGGCUGGAGAAGAUGAAGGCCAACAGGACAGCGCUUCUGGCACAGCAGUAGGAGGCUGCCCUUCAGCUCGGGUGCUGCCCCUCAGGUCCCAUCCGGACGGACUGACUCUUUGUCCAUUGACACAGACCCCCUUCAGUACUGUUCGAGAUUUGUCAUUAAAAUAGCCACCUUUGUAUUUUAUAAUUUAUGAGAGAAUGAAACAGGUUUGAAUCUUCAUGAAUGAACACUCUGGAUUUCGUUUGUAGUUUGAUUCUAGACUGAGAACUGGUCCGUGCUGUUUUUAUUUUUUAUGCCAUAAUUUUAGAAUCAAGUUUACUCACCAUUUUCCCCCAGCUGCCUCAGUGACUGGGCACUCGGAGGCCUUGGUACAGGUUCUGGAGGACAGCAACUCUGUGAGUGCCCAAUGCGAUAACGUGACUGGAGACCUCGGAAAACAUAAGUGCCUUCUCCACGGUGCAAUUCAGACUUCAGUCAUCUCCAGCAGUCAAAAGACACUUACCCUUAAUAUCAGAUAGCCUUUAUAUUUUAGUGAAGAAACAAGUUCACAGGUAGGGAAUAUAUGUUUCACUCAAAUUUCUAUGUUUGGAGGAAAAGCCUUUUUUUGUAAAAUAUUUAAAUUUAUAUAAGAAAAUGUUAGAAAAAGA